AUGCCGCUUCAGAACGUCUCCGUCCCGUUCGCCAACCUGCUGGGGCUGACGCUCGGCGGGAUGAUCUACGGCGCCUACCUGAUCCUCUUCCUCUCGUCGAUCUACCUCUUCGUCAACGGGCGCUCAAUUGUCAUCGCCAGCAUUGCGCUGUUUGUGACCUCCACCAUCACGUGGGUCAUGACGGUCUACCGCAACUUCCGCGGUUGGAUCUUCUUCGAAGGCGGCACGGCCCCGGACGUCUUCUUCAACACGAAUGCGGACAUCUCGGAGACCGUGCAGGACGUCUUCCUCGCGCUUUCGCUCACGAUCGGCGAUUCGAUGAUUAUAUAUCGCCUCUGGGUUGUAUGGCGCAACCCGUACAUCAUUGCGUUGCCGGUCCUCUGCGUGCUUGGCUUAUUCAUUUCUCUGAUAAUAACGAUUGUGGAAACGACUCGGCUUAGUUUGAUCGCGCUGGACACCUGGAUCACUCCCACCACGGUCUUCAUCCUUGUCACCAACGUCUACUGCACCGCCUGUAUCGGAUACAAGAUCUUCGCAGUCGCCGCGGCCACCACAGGGCAUGUCGGGCACCGCAAGCUGACGCACUUCCUCGCCAUCUUUGUUGAAAGUGCUGCCGGCUACACCUCUUGGGCGCUCCUCUACACGAUCCUCCACCAGCUCGACCGCAACCUGCAGUUCGCGGUCCAGAACACGCUCCCCGCGAUGCUCGGCGCUGCGAAUGCGCUUAUUAACGCCCGCGUCGCGCUGGGCCGCGCCAUCGAGCUGCGCGACGGGGCGUACACCACCAGCGGCGCGGGCAGCGCCUCUGCGAAGGGCGGGAUCCCGCUGAGCAUUCGCUUCGGCCGGCAGGUGCAGGUCGGCGACACGGCCGGCACGCGUACAGCGGGGACGCGGAGCACGGAUGUGAAAACGCAUACGGUUGUGGAGGAGGGCAUGGUCCGGGAGUAUGAUGGGAGUGUUUCGAAGCCGGAGGCGUUUUGA